CCGCUCUGAACCCCUGCAAAGCGGGGGCAGGUUUCAGGCUGGCUGCGGCCCCGUGCGCUAAUGCAGCGGCUUGCGCGGUGCCCGGGUUCAGCUGGCGCCACUGGGCAAGGACCCGCCAGGGCGCAGGGGAAGCGAGCAGACUCCCCCCUGGAUUGCCCGGCUCGGGCGGGGAUGGGGAGCGGCGCCUCUCCCGAGUCCGCGCCGGGGACGGCGGAGUUGGAAGAGAUGCAGCCCGCUCCUCCGGCGCUCGCUUUCCUGGCGGGGGGAGCCGCCCGGCCAUUUGCCGCCUUGGGUUGCUAACUCAACGCCCGUCAGUUUGCCGGCUGGCGCGCUGGCUGAGAAAGUGAUGGAGCAAGCGACUCCCUGCCAGCCGGCACCCGACAACCUGAAGGUGCUUCAGACCAAUGACUCGUACCACGACCGCAAUUGCAGUGCAGAGGAAGGGAUCUACCAAGAGGCCACUCCGCUCUCCUGGAAGAUAGUCCUCACCAUUAUCCUGGCUCUGAUCACUCUCGCCACCAUGCUCUCUAAUGCCUUUGUAAUCGCCACCGUCUAUCAGACAAGGAAAUUGCACACUCCGGCCAACUAUCUCAUAGCCUCCCUGGCCGUCACGGACCUUCUCGUGUCUAUCCUUGUCAUGCCCGUUAGCACCAUGUAUACUGUGACCGGGAAAUGGACUUUGGGCCAGAUCGUCUGCGAUGUAUGGCUAUCUUCGGAUAUUACUUGUUGCACAGCCUCCAUCCUCCAUUUGUGUGUCAUCGCCCUGGACAGAUACUGGGCGAUCACCGAUGCCGUUGAAUAUUCUAGUAAACGGACUCCCAAGAGGGCAGCUGGCAUGAUCGCUUUGGUCUGGGUCUUCUCUAUCUCCAUCUCCAUGCCGCCCCUGUUUUGGCGUCAAGCGAAAGCGGAAGAAGUGUCUGACUGUGUGGUGAACACAGACCACAUACUGUACACCGUUUACUCCACGGUGGGAGCCUUCUACUUCCCCACCUUGCUGCUGAUCGCCCUCUACGGAAGGAUCUAUGUGGAAGCCAGAUCUCGGAUCUUGAAACAGACGCCAACGAAAACAGGCAAAAGAUUAACCAGGGCUCAUUUAAUUACCGACUCCCCCGGAUCAUCUUCAUCUGUCACCUCCAUAAACUCCAAGGCCCCAGAGGCUUCCAGUGAAACGGGAUCUCCUGUCUAUAUGAAUCAGGUCAAGGUGAAGAUCUCGGACGCCCUUCUGGAGAAAAAAAAGCUCACGGCUGCUAGAGAGCGGAAAGCUACCAAGACUCUAGGGAUUAUUUUAGGAGCCUUCAUCGUCUGUUGGUUACCCUUCUUCAUCAUCACCUUGGUGUUGCCUAUUUGCAAGGACGCUUGCUGGUUCCACAUGGCCAUCUUUGACUUUUUCACCUGGCUAGGAUAUCUCAACUCUUUAAUCAAUCCCAUAAUCUAUACAAUGUCCAAUGAAGACUUCAAACAAGCUUUUCAUAAAUUGAUGCGUUUUAGAUGCACAAGCUGAAUGUUGAAUGCAUUGUUCUCCAGGGCUGCUUCAAUACACUUUGUGUCUGAUUCUACAGAAUCAAGUUGCUAUUGUAAAGACACACUGCUUGAAUCCCUCCAGCCCCAGUUGUCAGAUUCAUGAUGCUGCAAAAACAUCAAUACAUACUGCCACCAAAUUGUUCUGCCCUGCAUUUCAAUGUAACGACUCUUGCAAAGAUUCUUUUCCAAAACACCUAUCAGUUACAAAAAGAGGGCAACGGCAAAUCAAGAUUUAGAACUCAUCUGAGUUGGAAACAAAAUUUGAGAGUAAAACAUCUAUUUAUUUUGCAGGCUUGCCUUUAACUUUUCUCUUGCAAGUUGUAGGGGUGUGCAUAAUAGUUGUUUGUGUCUGUAUUAGCAUAGUUGUACUUAUGUGCACCUCUAAUUUCUUUCUUUCAGCGGAAAGAGUUGUUAACUUUACUUAAAAAGGGACUGGAGGAAAACUGCAGCAUUUAAAAAUAGGAACAAAAAUGACUCCUUGGGCAGACCACGUGUGAGAUGCAGGAGUGUGCAAAAUGUUAUAUUUGUAUUUCAAAACAAUAGCAAAUACAAAUACUGUAGUAAUAAGAGUCCUAGACAUAUUCAACUGCAUCACACAUAUGGCUGUGUCCUCAGGGGAUUUAUCCUUUAUCAAUUGCUCUCUCUUGUAUUAUAAUUUCCUUCAUAAAUUAAACACUUCUACGCAAACAUAAGGGAAAACAAAAGUUCUAUGUGCUUUAUGUUUAACCAGCUGGGACUAAGUACUGUUUGAUGUUGUAACUAAAGUUUUGUAUUUUUGUGUCCAUUGCACACCCUUACUGCAUCAAACACUGGAGAAUGUAGACCAUUUUAAAUACUUAAUAGCUAUUAUUCUACUCUAUAGAGAGAUGAAGCAAUAUGCUUUGUCAAAAGAGCCACAGCACCUGCAAAAUAAAUAUCCAUAAUCCUGGAUAAACUGAUGUCAGACAUCAGUGAAAUAACUCUCAUUUCGUUAUCUUAUUUCAUUUUUUUCUUUA